GAUUCAUACGAAUUGUAUAUUCGAAGUCUAAAACAAUGGUAUAAUUUUGAUAGGUACCCAUGGAUUACCCAAAAACGGUGCAUCAGUAGGUAGCUAGUUUUCCCGUGCGCUCACCCCGUGGUGAAUUUGCGGCGGCCCAAUUGGUGAUUUGUUUUUGUCUGUUUGUUAAAAUCAUUUUCACUAAUUUUCUCUGACGCGUGGCGUGGAGAGGAGUGAGAAAGUAGGAAAUAGCAGAGUAGAAAGUUGAGAAUCAAGAAACGGGUCAGUGUUUACGGUGUAUGCUGAGAGUGAAGGCGAUUGGUGACGAUGGAGUUGAAAGAGAUUCAGAGACUCGAAGGUCACACCGAUGGGGUUUGGAGCUUGGAUUGGAACCCCGCCACUGGACACGCCGGUAUUCCGCUCGUCUUUGCUUCUUGCAGCGGCGACAAAACCGUCCGAAUCUGGGAGCAGAACCUCUCCUCUGGUCUAUGGGCUUGCAAGGCGGUUUUGGAAGAAACACACACUCGAACUGUUCGAUCUUGUGCUUGGUCACCGUCGGGGAAGCUUUUGGCCACUGGAAGUUUCGACGCCACCACUGCCAUUUGGGAAAAUGUUGGUGGCGAUUUUGAGUGUGUUUCUACUUUGGAGGGACAUGAAAAUGAAGUGAAGAGUGUGUGUUGGAAUGCGUCUGGCACGUUGCUUGCGACUUGUAGUAGAGAUAAGUCUGUUUGGAUAUGGGAAGUUCUGCCCGGGAAUGAGUUUGAGUGCGUGUCUGUGCUGCAAGGACACGCGCAGGAUGUGAAAAUGGUGAAGUGGCAUCCCACAGAGGAUAUCUUAUUUUCGUGUAGUUAUGAUAAUAAUAUUAAGGUUUGGGCGGAUGAAGGUGAUAGUGACGAUUGGCAAUGCGUCCAAACCCUUGGGGUGCCUAAUAACGGACAUACUUCCACUGUCUGGGCUCUCUCCUUCAAUGCGAGUGGUGACAGAAUGGUUUCGUGUAGCGAUGAUCUUACCGUGAAGGUCUGGGGAACAGAAAACACAGAGAUUCAAUCUGGUGGUGGGUUUGCACCCUGGAGACAUCUUUGCACUCUUACAGGGUAUCAUGAUCGGACAAUUUUCUCAGUUCAUUGGUCAAGAGAAGGUAUCUUUGCCAGUGGAGCCGCUGAUGAUGCUAUACGCCUUUUUGUGGAUGACAAUGAAAGUCAGGUUGGUGGUCCUCUCUACAAGUUGCUGCUAAAGAAAGAGAAGGCCCAUGACAUGGAUGUAAAUUUUGUGCAGUGGAGCCCUGGGGAGAAGCCGCUGCUAGCCUCUGCAAGCGAUGAUGGGACAAUCAAGGUGUGGGAGUUGAUAUCAUAAUGAUGAUGAUAGUUUUUUCUCAUUUGCUGUAUGAGUAGCACAAAAAAUUUACAUUGGUGCCUAUAGAAGUGCUAGAUGUCUAGGCACCCUCAUAGUUCUUUUUCUAUUAUCUUAAGUUAUAUUUACUACAAAUUUGAAACAGAUAUUGAUUAUUGUAUUUUUUAGGGAAGUCAGGAGUGUGACUGUAAAUUGUAAUUACUGUCAACUAAACUUUACAUUUUUGCUCAAGAGUUGCUAAAAUUUUCUUA